AAAACAAUUCACCCAUUGGUCUAUAGAUUUGGUAAAAGCCCAAAAUAUUCUAGUCUAAAGUUUUGGCCCUUUCAAUAUGUCGGUGGAGUGCAUUGGACAAGACCACUCUACUUUCUCCUAACUUGCUCCUCUCCAACUCUCUUUCCAACUCAUUGUCAUCUGCAAAAAAUUACCGAUUGGAGGUUCAUAUCUUGAUUUUUUUUUUUUUUUGUAAUUUUCUGGCUUAUCAUGCAUUCUUCUUUUCUCCCCAGAUAAUCGCUUUAGACUGCAUCAACUAAACAAAAUUUGAUCAUAUUGGAGAAAAUGGGGGCACAUGUAAAAUGGGAUGAGGCAAAUCUGGAAGAAAUUGAGGCAAAUAAGCCAGUAAGGCAGAAAAUAACUGAACCAAAGACACCAUUUCACCGUAUGAACGACGAUGAUGAUGGAUCUCCAUCUCCGUGGGAUAGUUUUGAGGAGGCCAAUGCAUUGGAUGAUGUGGCUUCUUCCAGUGAAAAUAAAUCCCAUCGGUCUGGCUGGACAUCUUCUGAUGAUGAGGCUGAUAUCAUGGACCAAGAUGAUGAAGGAGGUCGUGGGUUCAAGCCGUGGAAACAACCUCUUGCAAAAGUACAGGAUUCUGGUUCAGAAAGGAUCAAGAACUUUAGGGAGCACAGGCGUGCACACUAUGACGAAUAUAGGAAAAUCAAAGAACUGCGUAGAGAGGGCUCCUCUCUUGAAGGAGCGUCCGACGAUGAGAUUGAGGAUCUUGAGAAAAGGGAUGGUAGGUGUAAUACAUCAUCGUCAUUGACAUCUGCUGUUGAGGGCAUUGACAUUGCAGAAGGAAGCACAGACGAUUCUAAAUAGUCCUCUUAGCCAAUUGAACAAGGAUCAGCCUGAAAAAAGUACAUUAUUUCUAAGAAGGUUGUUAUGACAACUCAUUGUUUUGUUUUUCAUGUCACUUUUGCUUGUAAGUUGUAUAUAGGUGGGAUUUUACAUAUGGGAUGAACAUCUUCCGUUCAGUCGUUGCCAUAAUCUUUUGCUGGAAAAUUUGUGAAAUUACAAACUAAGAUUAUCCGACUUCCAUUAUUGUUCUUUCGCAGUUGUCAUUGUUGACAUGUUUGCUCAGUUUUCUGGGAUCCGAAUCAUGAGAGCAAUAAGUUUGUGAUGGCUUUGGGCCUUUUCACCUGAA